AUGGCCCACUACGCCGUCGCCACGGACAACUCCUCCAGCUCUCCUCCUCCUCCUCCUCCUCCUCCUCUUCUCUUGCCCCGGUCUUUGCUGGUGCUGGUGGCGCGCGAUAGUGCUGCCUCUGCUGGUGCCGCUGGAUCUCCUACUGCUGUUUCUCCUGCUGGUAACGCUGCCCCCGCUAACGGGAAACGCUCUGGUCGCAGGAGAGGUCACCGAGUACUUAUUCCAUGCGACACAUAUUCCAGGGGGCUCGGGACAAAAGGAUUUUAUAGAGAAGAGGAAGAGAAGGAGAAGAGAAGAGGAGGAGAGGAGGAGGAGGAGGAGGAGGAGGAGGAGGAGGAGGAGGAGGAGGAAAUGCUUCAUUCAUUUGCAUACACCCUCCUGUUAUAUUAA